GCUCUGAGGGACGGGGAACACUUGGGAACAAGACACUUUUAUACUUCACCAAUGUCUGGGGGACUACAAGCCGACUUCUCCAAUGAAGAAGGCUUUAUCAGCCAGUUUCCCGUCCACCGUGCUUGUCGGGAUGGAGACGUUGGAGCUUUGGUUUCCCUGUUCCAGCAGCUCUCAGACCCGGCUCCACUGACGGCUGAGGACCCGUGUUACGGAUGGAGCCCCUUACACUGGGCUGCUCACUAUGGCCAGCUUGAGUGUGUGGUGCACCUGGUGCAGAUGGGUUGUGAGGUGAACACAGUGACCAGCCGCUUCCAGCAGACCCCCACACACACUGCAGCGUUCGGAGGACACCCCCACUGUCUGCUGUGGCUGACUCAGGCCGGAGCUGACGUCAACAUGCAGGAUCUCGUAGGUGAGGCUCCCAUCCACAAGGCGGCUCGCUCAGGUAGUGUGGAGUGUAUCCAGGUGCUGCUGGUAGCGGGGGCUAAAGCACAGUUAAGGAAUGCCAGUGGGCAGACAGCAGCAGACCUGGCCCACGCUCACGGCUUCCUCGACUCUUUCUGCUUCCUCUCCAAGACUAAGAAGCUGCUGCAGCUGCACGUGAGGGGGGGGCCGAAUGGAGAAAGCCCCCCCUGUGGUCCGGGCCUGCUUAGCAGGAAGAGGCUGCUGACAGCCGGGGACAGCAGGGACCUAAAGAAAGCCCGGGGGGACAUGCUGGUGCAGAUGCCGGUUGGAGGUGAGGAUCUGGAGAGCGUUACCAUGGAGUCCGCCCCGGAGCUCCUCUCAGCGGCAGAUGAACACCCCCCAGCCCCCAGCAGCCGUCCCCUCCCUCUGCCCCCCGCUGAGCAGCAGCCGGCCUCCUCAGCCAAUCAGCACGCAGCAUCAGCGCCCACUCAGCACUCCUCCGCAGACAUGUGUGGCUCGCUGCACCUGAGUGGCUCCCCCAGCAGCUGCGUGUCCCACCGGCCGGCCUGGGGGGGGCUGAGGGGGGCCGACUCCAGGGACUUCCUGCACUACGGACACUACCACGGCUUUGGAGACACGGCGGAGGAGCUGAGUGACAGCUCCCAGGAGCUCAGAUACAGGCAGGCAGUGGGACACCUCCACCCACACUCAUAGAGGGGGGGGGCUGCUCUUCAAUAAGCUUAACUGGCACACGUGAUCACACGGCCAGUCACUACAGACACCAAGCACCCGUUCACCUGCAGUUUCUGUUACUACCACUUCCUGUCAACUGCCUCACAUGGUCUUCAUCAACAGCUGGGACAUUUACAUAUUGUAGUUUUGAUAUAGUCAUCAUAGGACAGAUAGCCAGUUGACAUCACACUCAAACAUCCAGGUGUUAGUCCUUUAGGGUUUACUCCUCUCUUAGUGCUGCAGAUAGAUAUAACAAUCUUUCAAAAGUGGAUACAGGUCUCCCUUGAAAAAGAGAUCUAUGAUCUCAAUGGGACCAUCUGGUUAAAUAAAGGUUUGAAAUGAAACAAGCACCAAAAUGUCCAUGUCUAUCCCUCUGGGGCCAUUCCAAGAUGGCUGUCAUUUCCAGCCGAGGAAAAAGUAUUUUACCGCUGGAUCAAUUUAGGUGAUUUUGGUAUUGAAUUGCAGUCAAAUGCACUCUCUAGAAACUUCUUCAGAGCUUUUUUGUGUCAUUUUAAACACAAAAUGUUAAAAUGUGGAGCUUAUUAGAAAGAAUUCAGAUGUAUGUUAGGCUACCCAGUUUUCCAUUGGCAGAUUAUUUAGAUUUGAUAGCUCAGAUAUAAUCAAACACAAGCUUCUGAGUGAAUCCUGUCGUCUGAAUUUGGUUUCUACGUGGUGGAAAAUGUAUGAGUUGACACCGAGAUCAUUUAAAUAGGGCUAGUGAAAGUGAUUUUGAGCAAAUAAUUACAUUUCCAAGCCCUUGUUGGUGGCCAUCUUGGGUUUUUGAGCGGCUAACAUGUUUUUUUCCCAAACGUCAAAAGGAGUUUAUGUGCCAAUACUUGUAUCCACUUUUAAAAGCAUUAUCAGCACUAUCGGUGUCCCUGUGCACGGCUAAUACAUGAGGAACAUUCUGGCAGUGUGUCCCUGCUCCAGGCUGCAGUGUUUUCUAGGCACACGCUGUUUCUGUAAAAUGAAGGUGUGAUGGUGCUAACAGAAACAUCCACUGCCCCAGUUUAUUUGAAUAGACCAUGAUGCCUUUGUUUCCAGCUCCUAUAAUGUAAUAAUGCUGAGAGCUGCUGUAAGGCUAGUUUCUCUGAAUGAACUGACCUGAAGCUGUUUUAUUCCGUCUCAAAUGUGUCUCUGCUCCUGCACUACCAAGGGCUUUAAGGGACUAUGUGUUAAUGCGUGGGGGGGGGGGGGUCCUCCAGCAGCGAGCAUCACCUGCACUCUACCAAAGGGAAUAUUUAAAAAUCAUUUGUUAUUUAUGUUUUAGAGCAGAUGAAUGUGUCAUUUUAUAGCGCUUGUAGUAUUAGGGAUUUUUUGGGAUUAAUUGUAACAUGCUGCGUCUUUUUGUAAACUGUUUUAUACUUGUACUGGUUUGGCCUCUUUUGCUAUUAAAACACGUUUUGCAGUUUCAUAAAAAAGGUU